GUCAUCACCAAUUGCUUCAUUUCAUCAUAUGCAUCUGGUUUGUGCGAGGAUAUGGCAGGAGAGGAUUUGAUAAUCAAGUUUCAGGAGCUUGGCAUGAGCGAGCAGAAGGCCAAGGAGACGCUCAAGAACGCCAAUUUGACACGAAACUUACAGCUAGCUCUGGCCGAGACAACCCAGCCGCUGAGCGAUGGUGUUGGCAUGCUGCUCUACCACAUGGCCACAAAGCUGAAGCCGCAAAUAUCGGGGCAGCUGCCACUUUUAGUGCGCUACAUUGCAGAGCGCAAGCUGGACAACACGCAACGUGUGGACGCAGCCCUAGAGUAUGUGCUCAAGUGCGGACAGAAGAAAAACGUUAAUGUCGAUCUGGCCGAGUUGGAGCGCGAGUGCGGUGUUGGCGUUGUGGUCACGCCGGAGGAGAUUGAACGUGUUGUACAACAGAAGAUUAGGGGCACCUACAAGCAGGCAUUGCUGGAGCAGCGCUAUCACUUCAACGCAUUUAAAAUCAUGCAGGAUGUCCGCAAUGAAUUGAAGUGGGCCGACGCCAAAUCCUUGAAAGCAGCUAUCGAUGUUGAAAUAUUUGAUUUGCUUGGCCCCAAAACCGAGGCCGAUCUGAUCCCACUACCCAAGCAAAACGAAAAGCAGCCCAAAGCUAAAGUUAGCUCCAACGCAAAGCCCGAGGUGAAGGCAUCCACCACGUCCACAGCUGCAGCAGAUGACGACAGCGCCAAUACCAUUGCAGAGCUGAUGAAGACAAAGGUGCACUUCCAUGCGCCAGGGGAGAACUUCAAGACCGAUGGCUAUGUGGUCACCGAGCACACGGAGCGGCUACUGCGCGAGCAUUUGCAGCUCACGGGUGGGCGGGUACAAACGCGUUUCCCACCCGAACCAAAUGGCAUCCUGCACAUCGGGCAUGCCAAGGCCAUCAACAUCAACUUUGGUUAUGCUGCAGCCCACAAGGGUGUCUGCUAUCUACGCUAUGACGAUACCAAUCCGGAGAAAGAAGAGGAGAAGUUUUUCGUUGGCAUCCGCGACAUGGUCGAAUGGCUUGGCUAUACGCCGUACAAGGUGACCUACUCCUCGGAUAACUUUCAGCAGCUGUACGAUUGGGCAGUGCUGCUGAUACGCAAGGGCUUAGCCUAUGUGUGUCACCAGAAGGCGGAAGAAAUUAAAGGCUUCAAUCCACCUCCGAGCCCCUGGCGCGAGAGACCUAUUGAUGAAUCCCUGCAGCUCUUCGAGGACAUGAAACAUGGCAAGAUCGAUGAGGGUGCUGCCACUCUGCGCCUUAAACUGACGCUCGAGGAGGGUAAACAGGAUCCCGUUGCGUAUCGGAUUAAGUUUAUUCCCCAUCAUCGCACUGGUUCCGAGUGGUGCAUUUAUCCCACCUACGACUACACGCACUGUCUGUGCGACUCCAUUGAGCAGAUUACCCACUCGCUCUGCACCAAGGAGUUUCAAUCUCGACGCUCCUCCUACUACUGGCUCUGCAAUGCCCUAAACAUCUACUGCCCGGUUCAGUGGGAAUACGGUCGAUUGAACAUGAACUAUGCCCUGGUAUCCAAGCGAAAGAUUGCCAAACUGAUAAGCGAGCGCAUUGUCCACGACUGGGACGAUCCCCGCCUAUUUACGCUAACGGCUCUGCGUCGACGCGGCUAUCCCGCGGAAGCCAUUAACAAUUUUUGCGCCCAGAUGGGCGUAACGGGCGCACAGAUAUCGGUGGAUCCCGCCAUGCUUGAAGCGGCGGUGCGCGAUGUUCUUAACGUGACUGCCCCACGUCGACUGGUUGUGCUGGAGCCGCUCAAGGUGACCAUCAGCAACUAUCCGCAUUCGGGGCCAGUGGAAUUACAAGUGCCGAACUUUCCACAGAACCCAGCACUGGGUUUCCACAAGAUUACCCUAGAUCGUGUCAUCUACAUUGAGCGCAGCGAUUUUAAACUGGAACCGGAAAAGGGAUACCGACGCCUGUCCACCCAGCAAGCCGUCGGCUUGCGUCAUGCUGGUUUGGUCAUUAGCGUUCAGCAAGUUGUACGUGAUCCGGCCACGGGUGAAGUGUUGGAGCUCGUCUGCAGCAGCGAGUCAGCGGAGCAGGCCGAGAAACCGAAGGCAUUCGUGCAGUGGGUUUCACAGCCCAUCGAACUGGAGGUGCGUCUCUAUGAGCAGCUGUUCAAGCACAAGAAUCCAGAGGAUCCAAACGAAGUGCCUGGCGGAUUUCUUAGCGACAUUAGUGAUAACUCUAUGUCGGUUCUUUGUGCGUACUCCGAUCAGUCGCUGAGCGGUGUCAAGGUGUACGAUAAGUUCCAAUUUGAGCGCAUCGGCUUCUUCUCUGUGGAUCCGGACACAUCUGGCACACGGAUUGUGUUCAAUCGCACCGUAGGACUCAAAGAGGACUCAGGCAAGAAGUAAUAAACACUUGAAUUUUUUUUACAAAACAAAAA